UGAAGUCUGUUGUUUUUUUUUUUGCUUCAAAAUGAACUCUCGUUUUUUUUGUGGGAUGUACGUAGAAAAAUGAAUUAAAGUGACCGCCUUUUUUUUUCUUCUUACUUCUACUAGGCUUGAAACAGUGCUUCCUCAAGAGGAAUUUUUUAGUAAUUAUCGUUUUUAGGGCGAAAAAAUAUUUUAUUUCUUAUUCAAUCAUCUCUAAUUCUAUUAUCGCUAAUUCUAACUUUAAUAAUGGGAACACUAGAAAUCUGAUAAAGGGAUUGGAAUCAGCACCAUCGAAAACCCCUUAAUACCUAAGUAAUUUGGUUUCGUUCGGCAUAUUAUUACGGGAGAUAAGAUUUAUUUCCGGCUAGAUUGGCGUUUGGAACCACUGUGCGGCGUUGCGCAAGUGCGAAAGGUCAGUUGUUUAUGGCUUUAAUUGGCAACUCUCUUUAUAUAUGAAAAUUUAUACAAAUGCGGUGCAUGUAAGCACUUGUCACCUUAGAAAGUGUUAGAAGAAAAUUAGUUGGAGAAAUAUUAUAAUUCGUUUAUUAAUUUUCCAAGAUAAAAAAAUAUUAAAUUUAUUGCAAUUAAUCAACAGCGUUGGCAGGUGGCCGGUGACAAGGCAUUAAGUGUGUUAGGGAAAACAUUACCCCCGCAUUCCAAUAACGUACAGACAUGGGAAUGUAUAUAUUUACAUAUGUAAAUACAAUUUUCUCUGUAGCCCGUGAGUAUGUAUGACUCGGCGCUGCAUACCACACUGCAGUUUAGCACCACCCAAGUAGACAGUUGACGUUUGUUGUUGUUUUUGGACCGGCCCACUCUGCAAUCGAUAAAUAAAUUCUUUUUUUUUAUAAUUAAUUGCCACGAUUAGCAUCAAAUGGUAUUUCAAUGAUUACGCGACAAUUAUAGCCAAGGCAGCGUCUGAGAGAUUCACUGUCAGUAUAAAAGUUACUCCAACGCAAAUUAAAACUAUAUUUAUUUAUCUUUAGUCGAAUCGGAGGCUGCGUGUGCAAACAGUCUUUUUGUUAUUUUGUUUUUUGUUUAUCGAAAGGAUGUAUUCGUCUAAGUUAAAUUUUGUGUUGCAAAGUAUUUUCGUUAUUUUUUUGAUAUCCUGUGCCACAGCCAAGCUUUCUAGCGAUCUUAAGCGAUGCGUAGCCGGUGAUAGCAAGUGUAUUAUAAAAAAUAUAAAUACUGUGUUCGGCGAAAAAAAUCAAGGAGACGAAAGUUUCGGUCUGAGCCAAACGGAACCAUUCAAAAUGGAAGACAUUAUUAUUAAACAGGAUCCGGCGAAUCCGGUGGCAAUUUAUUUAGCAUUAAAGAAUCCCGUAGUAUAUGGCACUAAAAACAUUAGAGCGAGGAAGGUUAAGGGAUUCGGCAAAACCCCAGAUGGUCGCCAUGAAUUGCUUUUGCACGCGCCCUACAUCUCAAUGAUAUCCGAUUAUGAAAUUGAUGGCAAAGUGCUGAUUUUGCCCAUAAAAGGUCAAGGCAAGAGUAAUAUCACGUUGGUUGAACCACUAAUGAAAAUGAUUAUAGAUGCCACCUCGCGCAUCGAAGAUGGUAAAACUUAUUUGAAUAUAAAAGAUUUACGCGUUGAAUGUAAGCCGAAACGAUUGGCAAUGCAUUUCGAAAAUCUUUUCAAUGGCGAUAAGGCGUUGGGGGAAAAUCUAAACAGCUUUCUAAAUGAAAAUUGGAAAGAAAUUUAUAAUGAAAUGAAGAGACCUUGGUAUGAUGCAAUUGGCAAGCAAAUGAAAGAGGGUGCAACGAAAAUAUUCAACACCACACCCUACGAUGAAAUCUUUGAAAUCUUGUAAAGUUUACUACGCAAAUUAUUGUUAUGUAUUAUUUAUAUGCAUGUAGUCAUAAAUUGUUUCACUUUGAUAAUAAUGAUGAGCCAGUGAUUGAUCUUUAUACUAAGGCAAUUAGAAUUUUUAUUGCUAACU